AUGGCGUCGAACCGGUCGGACUUUGUGAGCUCAUUCCUGUUGAAUGAGCUGCUGUCGGCGCUCGACCCGCGGGUCUGCGCUCGCGAUACGGACUUGUCUGGUGCUACCAAUGGCUCUGAAAGUCUGAGUGAAGACACGGAGUCGUCAAGUGCUCUACAGACUGCACGACCGACUGCCCAGUCGCGUGUUGUGCUCGUUCGUCGUACAAAUAGCUCCCAACAGCUCGUGAUGCUCGUGGACCGUGAGUUUGGCAUCCAAGCUUUCAUUCCAAGACAUUUGAGCCAGCGGUUGCAGCAGGAACGGGGCUAUGAAACGAUCGGGAGGCUACGCGGAAGCGUUGUUCGAGUGACGAAGUACCACUUUGCCACGUGGACGCGCUGCUUGGCCAGUGACAAGCAGACGACGUUAUCGUCGUCGGUGUCUGUAUCUGCACCUGUCCACACUCGAGACCGGGAUCCAGUGUAUCUCUAUGUGGACGCACUUGCUAUUGUAGACGAUACUGAAUUGGCUGUCAAGCCGCUGCCUUGGGUGUACACGUACCCAUUAGUGGUGGAACAAUUACAGAAGCUGAAUGAUGCUGAGCUGGAGAAACGGCUCAUGAUACACCAAGGGCUGCCACCUCUGCAGGUGGAUGGUGGGUUUACAGACGACCGGCCGUUGCUGGAGGAAGACUGUGUGAUACCUGCGGAACAGGAGUUGGAGCUGGAAGAGCGGGACGAAUGGGGAUCACCCGUGACCAUUGUGCGACCACCGACGGACUCGGAACUGAUUGCGGAGAACGGACCGGUACCAAUGUCAGAGUCUCAAGUGAUGCGCCAGUCGGAGAAUUCGCUGUCGACGCAGGAGCCAAGGGCUAUGUCGACGGACGUGUCGGUGGCAUCAGAACACAAAGAAGAAAACAACGACAGAGAACUGGAUGCAGUCCCUCCGCUUGAUGAGCAGCGGUACUUGUUUCGGCAAGAAAAUAUUCGAGAGACGUUUGUGGUCGACAGUGACUCCGAGAGCUAUGAGACCGCAGGCGAAAAUGAAGUUGUCACACAAAAGACAUCGAUAAUGACCCUUGAUUCUAGCCGGAAACACUCUGUUGCGCUUUCUGACCCAUCUUUGACGACCUCAGAGACGACCCAAGACUCGUGGGCGCUUCUUGACCUGACCGACGAUUCGCCUGAAAAGGCUCGAAUAACAUCUCUUAGUUUGGAAGAUGAGACGGUCCCGGAGCAAGAACCCACGACUGAAGCGUGCGAUGUGCUAGCAGAACCAGAUGGAUAUGCUUCAUUAGACCCAUCAUCCCAGUCGCCACUGGCGAAGAAUGACAACCUGAUUGGAAAGCGUAAAGCAUCGGCGAGCUGGGCUACGAGUCUGCUUCGUAUGGUCGGCUUGAGCACUUCGUCUGCCAAAGCUUCUCCGUCAACGGUUUCCUCUUCUGACGCAGAGAUAGAGGACUUGAUUGAAUGCGAACGAAGUGAUGCGGAGAGUCUCGACCGAACAGAGGAGGAGACAGUAGAGUUCAAGCCAGCUCAACUGGAGGAUCCGAUCUUGUCUCAGGCAACUGUGAUCCUGCCGUAUGCUACUGAUAAUGAAGACGAUGCACAUGCUUUCGAGUACGAAGGUUUGCUGUCAGAUGAUGUGGUCUCUCCUAAAACAGUGGAACCUAGCAAAAAGCACGCUCUAGUGACUGGGAGUGACCCAACAAACGAGCGGUGUGUAACUGAAAAGGAGGCCGAAGCUGCAGAUACUCCGCAGAAAGGUCUAGCGUCGAAGAAAGAUAGUGCUACAGCAGACCCGGAAUUACCUUCUCGAUCUGUGCAAGCCGUGACACCAAUGACGGCGGUACAACCUGAGCCAGCUACUCCACUUUCGCCGACAGUGCUACCUCGUUUGGAAGAAACAUUGGACCACCGAGAUCGUAGUAGUAGCUGCUAUGCUUCACCUUCGUGCUCGAGCGACCGUGUUCGUAUAACGCGUUCUGCAGCGCAACUCGUACCUGUCAAGGGUCCGACACAACAGGACGUUGUCGUCGAGUCUAGCUUGACCGGGGAAAGUCAUGCUGGAGGUGCAGCUAUCACGUCUCACGGUUGUAAGCGAUGUCAGCAAAUGGAGAGCUGCCCCGCCCAGAAAGAGCCUUCAACGCCGCAGCCGCAACAAAUGCAAACGGCUGACGGGUUUCCAUCCCGAAUGCAAAAGCGUCGUCGACGAAAUGCUCUUUUGACGCGUAGGCAUCACGAGUCCGAGUCUCCUCAGUUCGAGCAACCGGCUGCACACGUCAUCGCUGGCCGAGCUGAUGACAAUUAUUCACUCGACGCAGUGUGCAAAUCACUUGGCUUGCGCGCACCCAUUCCGAAUAAUGGAGAAGAGCCGACGUGUACAUCGGCGCAACCUCGUCGUGCGUGGAAACGAUACGAGAAACUCUUUCCGCCGCUGAACAUGACACGUCUGAAACAACUGAUGGCAGCGGAUAUCGACGAUUGCGAGAAGUAG